UACCAAGUUCAUACCAUUAGUAAUUUAUUUUCUCCUUUAUAAACCCACCAUCGGUACCACUUCUUCUCCCCCACACAUUCAAAAUCCUGUUACUUUCCUUCUUCGUCUUCAGACAUGGGUUCACAGCGAUCAACUAUGGCGAUGCUCUUGCUGGUGAUGUUCACUUUAUCAUCAGCUCUCGACAUGUCGAUCAUAUCCUAUGACGAAGGCCACCCCGACAAGUCAAAGUCCAUUUGGAGAACCGACGAUGAGGUUAUGGCCAUGUACGAGGAGUGGCUUGUAAAGCAUGGCAAGGCGUACAACGGUUUGGGGGAGAAAGAGAGGAGGUUUGAGAUUUUCAAGGAUAAUCUUAGGUUCAUCGAUGAACAUAACGCGGAUGAUAGCCACAGUUUUAAGGUUGGGUUGAACCGGUUCGCUGAUCUGACCAACGAGGAGUACCGUGCCAUGUACUUGGGAACUAAGAAACCCGAGAGGAAGGUUUCCAAGAGGAGUGAUCGUUACGCGCCAAGUCUCGGUGAGGAGUUGCCGGAUUCCAUUGAUUGGAGGGAGAAGGGGGCUGUUGCUGCGGUCAAAGAUCAAGGAGGUUGCGGGAGUUGCUGGGCCUUCUCAGCUAUUGCUGCGGUGGAAGGGAUUAACAAAAUAGUUACCGGGGACCUCAUCGUACUCUCUGAGCAAGAGUUAGUGGAUUGCGAUACAACCUAUAAUGAAGGAUGCAAUGGGGGCCUCAUGGAUUAUGCCUUUGAGUUCAUUAUCAACAAUGGUGGUAUUGACACUGAAGAAGAUUACCCUUACACUGGUCGUGAUGGCACAUGUGAUCCGUACCGGAAAAAUGCCAGGGUUGUUUCAAUCGAUGCAUAUGAAGAUGUUCCAGUAAAUGAUGAGACGGCAUUGAAAAAGGCAGUUGCAAAUCAACCAGUGAGUGUUGCCAUCGAAGCAGGAGGCAGGGCUUUCCAGUUAUAUCAAUCAGGUAUAUUUGAUGGAAAAUGUGGAACACAACUGGACCAUGGUGUGACUGCUGUUGGAUAUGGCACAGAGAAGGGUAAAGAUUAUUGGAUUGUGAAGAACUCAUGGGGCAGCAGCUGGGGAGAGGAAGGCUAUAUUAGGAUGGCGCGAAAUGAGGCCAAUAGCGUAACAGGAAAAUGUGGAAUUGCAAUCGAAGCCUCUUAUCCUAUCAAAAAGGGUCAAAAUCCCCCCAACCCUGGUCCCUCUCCUCCAUCUCCGAUAAAGCCUCCUACCGUUUGUGAUAGUUAUUACACCUGCCCUGAAAGCAAUACCUGCUGCUGUGUCUACGAGUACUAUGGCUACUGCUUUGCUUGGGGAUGCUGCCCACUCGAGGCAGCCACUUGCUGUGACGACCACUACAGCUGCUGCCCUCAUGAAUACCCAAUCUGCAACAUAAAUGAAGGCACCUGCUUGAUGAGCAAGGGCAACCCAUUGGGAGUGAAGGCUCUAAGGCGCACUCCUGCCAAACCUUUCUGGGCACAUGGAAGUGUAGGCAAAAAGAGCAAUGCUUAAGUAGUGGCCUGGGAUUUUAAGCAGUAGAUGAUGUUAAAGGGAGGAUGAAAGACAGGUCGAUGGCGCUCAAUGUUCUCCUUGGUUUUAUCGUACUGCAAUCCUCCUUUCAAUUUCAUACCCAAGGAUGGAUGGUUUAUAAAAGUUACUCAGAUGCCAAUUAUGUAUAUAGCGUCCUAAUUAUCCAUGUUGCAUUGGGGAAACAGACAGAACGCAGCCAAUUUCUAUUGUUCUCUGUUUAUCAUGUCGUCAUUUAGUAAUAACUUUUAAGAAUUGAUUUGUCAAUCCUAUCUUGCUUUAUGGUUGCUGCAUAUUCAUUUUU